GCAACGAUGGAGUGGUCUCGGAAGAUUUUAACAAUCAACAUUCAACAAUGGCAAGCUUUUCAAUCCCAAUCCCAAGAAACGGUUUGUCCAUACCCAGCUACUCAACCAAACGCCCUUCAACACUUCACACGCCCCUCAAAGUUUCUUGCUCUGAGUCUGGGACGAAUUCCAAUGGAAUCAAGGGCCUAGCUUGUGGGAUUCUUGCUGCUUGCGCUGUCUCUUCUUCUGCAUUCUCUGUGACUGCUGCUAACCAGAGGCUGCCGCCGCUGUCAACUGAGCCGAACCGCUGCGAGCGAGCAUUUGUUGGCAACACAAUUGGGCAGGCAAAUGGAGUGUAUGACAAACCGUUAGAUCUCCGCCUCUGCGACUACACGAAUGAAAAAUCCAACCUCAAAGGGAAGUCCCUGUCAGCAGCACUCAUGUCAGAUGCUAAGUUUGAUGGUGCUGACAUGACAGAAGUUGUAAUGUCAAAGGCUUAUGCUGUUGGUGCCAGCUUCAAAGGUGUGGACUUCUCAAAUGCAGUGUUGGACCGUGUUAACUUUGGGAAUGCGAAUCUUCAAGGAGCUGUGUUUAAGAACACAGUGUUGUCAGGGUCUACUUUUGAUGAUGCUAAGCUGGAAGAUGCAGUGUUUGAGGACACUAUCAUAGGUUACAUUGAUCUUCAGAAGCUAUGCACAAAUAAAACCAUAAGUGAUGAAGGGAGAGCUGAGCUUGGUUGUCGAUCAUGAGGAAAAUCUUCCAUUAUCCCCCUCUCUUAUUUUGUAUUUCUAUGACAAAAUAUUUUGGUGAGGAUAGUCUUGUAGAUGAAUGCUACAUCCAAAAAACAAAUAAACUGCGAUUAUUUGCCUUUUUUA